AUGAAGACUCUAUUUUGGAAUAUCAGGUCUGUGAAUUCACAGCAAGCUUUUCAUAGAGUGCAAAUGUUACAUAGGCAUCAUAAAUUCUCCAUUAUUGCUUUGAUGGAACCAUUUCAGCAUGUUAGAAACAUUCAAGGAUUUAGAAGGAGAUUGGGAAUGAGGUAUGCACAUCAUAACUGCAAUGGUAAAAUUUGGUUCUUUAUAAAUGAUAAUAUAAAUAUAGAGGUGAUUCAGGAUACAGAUCAACAGAUUACAGUUAAGCUAAAUUUUCAGGAGGAUAAUAACAUUCUUAUGACUACUAUGAUUUAUGCAAAGUGUGAAGCAUUGGAAAGAAUUAGUCUUUGGGAUAACUUGUAUAACCUGGCUGAUCAAAUGGAAGUGCCCUGGCUUGUGGGAGGGGAUUUCAAUGUCAUUAUGCAUGAAGAUGAGAAAAUAGGGGGUCUGCCAGUUUAUCCAGAUGAGUAUGAAGAUUUUGCAUUCUGUGUGAACUUAAGUGAACUAUUUGAAGUUUCUUUUAAAGGGAGCUUAUUCACAUGGUGGAAUGGUAGAGCUGGUAGAGAUUGUAUUUUUAAAAGGUUGGACAGAAUGCUCACUAACUCAAAACUACAUGAUUGGUUUGGUCACAUGGAAGUUGAACAUUUAUCUAGAACUGGUUCUGAUCAUGCUCCUUUUCUACUUACUUGUGGAAAUUCAUCUCAACAUGUAAGGAAUCCUUUCAGAUUUCUAAAGUUUUGGAUAGGACAUGAAUCCUUCUUAGAGGUUGUGAAUCAAGGGUGGAAUACUAAUUUUGAAGCAGAUGAACUCAUUACUUUUAAACUGAAGCUUAAAAAAGUUAAGUCUGUUUUAUCAGAAUGGAGUAAAGCUACCUUUGGGGAUAUCGUCAAGCAACUUGUAGCAAGGGAAGAUAUUGUGAGAGUUAAAGAACAACUUUUUGAAGAUGAUCCUUCUCCUGCAAACAGGAUGGUUCUCCAACUAGCACAAGCAGAAUUGAAGAAGUAUAUGCAUUAUGAGAAGGAGUUCUGGAGACAGAAAUCUCAUUUUACUUGCUUUUCUGAGGGGGAUAGAAAUACAAGGUUUUCCCACAAUAUGGUAAAUGGUAGGAGGAAGAGAUUGCAGUUUACACAGGAGGAUAUCUCCUCAAAUUUCUCAUUGCUGCAACAUGUUCCUAAUAUGGUUACUCAGGAGAAAAAUCAAAUACUUACCAGCAUGCCAACUCUAGAAGAUGUUAAGAAUGCAGUUUUUGAUCUAUCAGGAGAUAGCUCAGGUGGUCCAGAUGGUAUGAUAGGAGCAUUUUAUCAAGUAUGCUGGGAAAUUGUGGGAGCUGAUGUGUAUAAUGUAGUGAAGGUUUUCUUUAAAGGACAUACUUUGCCAAAGUCCAUAACUCAUACAAAUCUGGUUCUGAUCCCAAAGAAGAAUAAUGUUGAGUCCUUUGCAGAUAUGAGGCCCAUAAGUCUUAGUAAGUUUAUAAAUAAAGUGAUCUCUAGAGUGGUGCAAAAUAAACUUGAAAAUGUUUUGCCUUCUUUGAUAUUUGCUAAUCAGUCUGGUUUUGUAAAGGGAAGAUGUAUCAUUGAGAAUGUACUGUUAACUCAAGAGGUGGUUUCAGAUAUAAGACUUAGGGGAAAACCAGCUAAUGUGGUGCUUAAAUUGGAUAAGGCUAAGGCCUAUGAUAGAGUAUCAUGGGAUUUUUUGGCAAGAGUCCUGAGGAAGAUGGGAUUUGCAGAAGUAUUUAUAGAUAUGAUAUGGAGAUUUAUAGCAAACAAUUGGUACUCAUUUCUAUUCAAUGGACAGGCUUCUGGAUUUUUCCAUUCAACAAGAGGUGUUAAGCAAGGAGAUCCACUCUCUCCUGCUUUGUUUAUUUUGUCUGCAGAAGUGCUGUCUAGAGCAUUGAACUCUUUAUUUGAGGACAAUGGCUUUAGAAGAUAUGGAAUGCCUAAAUGGAGUGCUAAUUUGAAUCAUCUUUCUUAUGCAGAUGAUACUAUUAUAUUCUCAUCUGCGGAUGCUACUUCAUUGCAGCUGAUCAUGGGAAUAUUACAGGAGUAUGAGUAG